UCACCGCUGGGUUAUCGAUUCGGCGCCAUCUUACUCACUCCGGGUUUGCAGUAGCGACACCCCUUCAGGCGCAACCCGCUCCGUCUCAGAUGGAGCUCAGGUCAACCCACUGCUUCUCCGAAUAAUUUUAUCACAUUACAACGAAAUCAUAUUUUAGGGGCCAAGAUGCCGCCUUCCGGUCGGCCCGCCGAACAGAACUCGACGACAACGUCGCCUCCGCCGCCUGACUCGACAGCUCUGUCAGCUGGCUCCAAAAUCAAAGAUGACUAUUACACUCCCACGCCAAGAUCAGUUUCUUCUACUUCAGCCACAACUGAAGCAGAAGUAUCUACGACAAAAGGUCCAGGAGAAUUUAAAAAAGCAGUAAACGUCCUUGCUGAAGAGACCGGGCUUGAAGGAUGGGUGGUAAUAUCUAUAUUAGUUGGAGUCGGCCUUUUGGUCCUUCUGCUGUGCUUCUGUUGUAUUCGAAGAUGUUUCCGAAAAAGAAGAGCCAAGGAUGGAAAAAAAGGCAAAGGUAUUGUCGAUCUGAAAUCUGUUCAGCUGUUGGGUUCAGCUUACAAAGAAAAGGUACAGCCGGAUAUGGAAGAACUUACUGAAAAUGCUGAGGACAUAGCUGAAGAAGGUGAAAGCAAGCAAAGUGAACAAAAAUUAGGAAAACUUCAGUACAAGUUGGAGUAUGAUUUCAAUUCAAACAGUUUGUCAGUUACUGUGAUUCAAGCAGAAGACUUACCAGCUCUGGAUAUGGGUGGCACAUCAGAUCCAUACGUAAAAGUUUAUCUCCUUCCAGAUAAAAAAAAAAAGUUUGAAACUAAAGUCCACAGAAAAACUUUAAGUCCUGUAUUCAAUGAAACAUUUACUUUUAAGGGUGUGCCGUACGCAGAUGCAAUGAAUAAAACACUUGUCUUUGCCAUAUUUGACUUUGACCGAUUCAGCAAACACGAUCAGAUUGGGGAAGUGAAAGUACCGUUAUGUCAAGUGGAUCUAGCUCAGACUAUUGAAGAAUGGAAGGAACUUCAGAGUGUAGAAGGUGAAGGUGGUCAGGAUAACAAGCUAGGAGAUAUUUGCUUUUCUCUACGAUAUGUUCCAACAGCAGGUAAACUAACAGUGGUUAUCCUUGAAGCCAAAAAUCUCAAGAAGAUGGAUGUUGGUGGUCUUUCUGAUCCUUAUGUGAAAAUAGCGAUUAUGCAGAACGGUAAACGGUUAAAGAAGAAGAAAACUAGCAUAAAAAAAUGUACUUUGAAUCCAUAUUAUAAUGAGUCAUUCUCAUUUGAGGUUCCUUUUGAGCAAAUUCAGAAAGUUCAACUAGUAGUAACUGUCGUGGAUUAUGAUCGGAUCGGAACUUCAGAACCUAUUGGAAAAGUGGUGCUGGGAUAUAACGCAAGUGGAACUGAAUUAAGACAUUGGUCUGAUAUGCUGGCUUCUCCUAGACGCCCUAUUGCCCAAUGGCAUACUCUCAAAGAUCCAGAUGAUGGAGAAAAGAAAGAUUAAAUGGAAUUUCCAUCCAAGCAGGAGUAAAAUUAUAUGAAAAAUGAAAAUGUCUCCACCCUAAGUGAGAAACAAUGCUGUGUAAAUAAGAUAUUAUUAUUCUUUAGUUGAAAUGUAAUGUUGAUUAUCAUUUCAUAUAAUUAAUGAAACAAAUAUAGGUCCCAUAUCUGAUGUACAUAAAUAGUUUGUUAAAUGUAAAAUUUUAUAUUUUUUUUUAUAAAUUAUGUUGUAUUUUUGAACCUGUUGUCAUCAAGUGUUUAGGAGUAGUACCUAUUGUUUUAUGAAUUGGAGAAGUUCUUUGAACAUAACUUCAAAAGUUUUAUAAAUAUUAUAGUUUAAUAUGUUAAGUUUUUAUAUUUUUGUAGUUGAUAUACAGGGGACCUAUAUUUUAUGUAUGAUACGAUGGAAUGUAAGUAUGUUAGAUUGAUGAAAAUUACAGCAUUAAGGCAAUGUACAGUACAUUAUAAAAUUAGUAUUGUAUGUUUUUUAGAAGUUAACACAGCCUUUUUCACACAGUUAAUUUACCUGUUUUAUAACAUUUAUAUAUGUACAUCUGUAUAUAAGAUGUUAAUGUAUGUAACAAGAUACAUAAGAUACAUUUCAUUCUUUUUUAGUUUAUUUUUUUGUUUUAGUUUUGUGUUAGAACUUUAUAAAUUUUCUUCGGUACAGUUGACGAACUCACAAUACUUGACAUCCUUAAAGAGCUUCCAUUGGAAUGGAUAAUCUAGUCCCAGGUUUAAGUGAAUGGAUUAGAAGGUUUCUUCAUGUUAGGAAAGACAAUAAAACAAAGUUAAAUCUAGUAUUUAAUUUUUAAUAUUUCUUCACAUAGCUUCUAGCUAAUAUAUAGUUUUGAAUGUUUAAUUUUCCAUUCUAUAAAUGUAUAAUACUAAAAUAAACAUAAGAGGGUACAAAAUAACUAAAAGCACAAUAGAUUUAUCAUUGCAUGGAUCAGCAAUGGUAGAUGCGCAUAGUGGAUAUGAUUAGGUUAGAAUCAAAUACUUAUGAUAAUUAAAUUGUUCUAAUAUUUUCAUUCAAAAGGUAUGAUGGAAUUAGUUGUUUAAUAUUCUAUAAUUAUAGGUUUGAAAAAUGAGAAGAAAACCUUUGAUUACAGAAUUAAAACACACAGGUCUAUUUGAUGAUGAUAUUAAAUAUAUAUUUAUAAAAUAUUUAUUUGGAUUGAUAUAUCUAAAUUUAAAUAUAUUUUUGAAGGUUGCCUAUUUAUUCUGUGCAUAUCUAUACUUCAAUGUAUGUAACAUGUAGCUAUAUUACUCUGCUGAAUUUCAAUAGUUCUAUUUGGUGUUAAUUGUUUCAAAAAAAUCUGGUUUGAAGCAUUUAAAUACUUUACUGCAUAUCUUGUUUUUAAAUUUAUCUAUAAACAUAUGACUAAUAAAAUAAAUAUGUGUACUUAUUAUAUAAAAUUAUAUAUCCUUGUGAAAUAUAAACUAAUAUAGUACAUAGCCUCAAUUCAUUCAUUGUUUUGCCAUGUAUUAAGGAUAUAAACUUAAGUGAUUUAGAAAGAUUAAUGUAAAGUUCCAUAAGAGGUUUAACUAUGUUGUAAAAGUGUUGAAAAUAAAUGAUCUUUAAAGACAAUGAGCUGAAUUGCAAUCAUUCUUCUCCUUCAUCGAACAAAAGAGAACCUUAUAAUCUCCCAGAG